AUGGGUAUCGAUGCAUUCACUAUUAACUGGCAAGGUGCCAAUGGUUGGUUUGUACCACCUGUAUGUUUAGUGUCUAAAGCUUUCCAAAGCGAUCUGUUGGAAUUACCUGAUACUUUGAUUGAGAAAAUUCAUUUACUUCCUGAUCUGUUAACCGAAAGUAAAUCUAACAACACCGUUCAAAAUUAUUAUUAUGGUUUUUUGAGAUGGAAAAAAUGGGCUUUAUCUAAUGGAAUAUCUAGUGAAUUUAUUUUACCGGCCAAACCAAUACAUGUGGCUAUAUAUUUAGCAUGUUUAGUGCAACAAAAUCGUACGCCCAGUCCUAUCAAUCAAGCGUUUUAUAGUAUUAGAUGGGCACAUAAAAUUAUUAGUGUUAUUUCUCCUACAGAUUCUGAUUUAGUGAAAAAUAUUCUUGAAGGAGCUAAGAGACGUCUAUCUGUUCCGAUUAAAAAGAAAGAACCGAUCACUCCAGAUAUGCUUUCACAUAUGUUCGACAGGUUAUAUUGUGAAAAUAACCUUUACAAUCAGCGUACUAUUUCUGCUUGUUUGUAA